AAAUAUUCGCACAAACGAUGUUGCAGAUUCCAGUGUUAAGGGGAAAGCUGGCCAGACCAGAAAAGUAGAGGAAAGGAAGCCGUGGUAAAAGGAGUUGGGGAAAAGUGGGGAUCCCUCCCCACAAGCAUUGCUAUUAUCCAGCUGAUUUCUAAGGACUGGGUUGCUGUCAUUUCUGAGAGCUGCUUGAGGCCGAGUAAAAGUGUUUUUGAAAGACCGAUUAAAGGAAGAAUGGAGGCCAGAGUGGAGCGUGCUGUGCAGAAAAGGCAAGUCCUAUUUCUUUGUGUAUUUCUGGGAGUGUCUUGGGCUGGCGCGGAACCGCUGCGGUAUUUUGUGGCGGAGGAAACCGAGAGAGGCACCUUUCUGGCCAACCUAGCAAAUGACCUGGGGUUGGGGGUGGGGGAACUGUCAGCCCGGGGAUCUAGAAUCGGUUCAGAUCAGCACACACGAUUUUUACUACUCAAUCCGCUUACUGGUGACUUACUUCUAAAUGAGAAAUUAGACCGAGAGGAACUGUGCGGCCCCACAGAGCCCUGUGUGCUGCCUUUCCAGUUGUUACUGGAAAAGCCUUUUCAGAUUUUCCGUGCUGAACUGUGGGUCAGAGAUAUCAACGAUCACUCUCCGGUAUUUCUAGAUAGAGAGAUUCUCUUGAAAAUAUUAGAAAGUACCACUCCAGGGACGGCAUUUCUCCUAGAAAGUGCACAGGAUACAGAUGUUGGAACCAACAACCUGAGAAACUACACCAUCAGCCCCAAUACCUAUUUCCAUAUUAAUGUCCGUGAUGAUGGGGAGGAGAAUAUCUAUCCCGAAUUGGUACUGGAUCGAGUGCUGGACCGCGAAGAGGUGCCUGAGCUCAGUUUAACCCUCACGGCCUUGGAUGGCGGCUCUCCGCCCAGAUCCGGGACCGCCCUCGUACGAAUCCUGGUUUUGGACAUAAACGACAACGUCCCUGAAUUUGUACAGUCGCUCUACAAGGUGCAGGUGCCCGAGAACAGCCCUGUUGGCUCCCUGGUUGUCGCCGUGUCAGCUAGAGAUUUAGAUACCGGAAGUAACGGGGAAAUAAAUUAUGCAUUUUUUUAUGCCACUGAAAGAAUCCUCCAAACGUUUCAAAUCAAUUCAACAUCUGGCAAUCUUCACCUUAAAGCUGAACUGAACUAUGAGGCAGUGCAAACUUAUACAUUAACUAUUCAGGCCCAAGAUGGCGGAGGGCUUUCUGGAAAAUGUACUGUGGUGGUUCACGUAACAGAUAUAAAUGAUAAUCCACCGGAACUGCUCAUGUCAUCACUUACUAGCCCAAUUGCAGAAAAUUCACCCGAGACAGUAGUAGCUGUUUUUAGGAUUAGAGACAGAGAUUCAGGAAACAAUGCAAAAAUGGUGUGCUCCAUUCAAGAUGAUCUCCCCUUUGUCCUGAAGCCAUCUGUAGAGAAUUACUACACGCUGGUAACAGAGAGCCCGCUGGACAGAGAGAGCAGAGCCGAGUACAAUAUCACCAUCGCCGUCACCGACAUGGGAUCCCCCAGGCUGAAAACCGAGCACAGCAUAACCGUGCUGGUCUCCGACGUCAAUGACAACGCCCCCGCCUUCACUCAAACCUCCUACACCCUGCGGGUCCGCGAGAACAACAGCCCCGCCCUGCACAUCGGCAGCGUCAGCGCCACAGACGCAGACGCGGGCGCCAACGCCCAGGUCACCUACUCGCUGCUGCCGCCCCACGACCCGCGCCUGCCCCUCGCCUCCCUCGUGUCCAUCAACGCGGACAACGGGCACCUGUUCGCCCUGCGGUCCCUGGACUACGAGGCCCUGCAGGCCUUCGAGUUCGGCGUGGGCGCCACAGACCGAGGCUCGCCGGCGCGGAGCAGCCAGGCGCUGGUGCGCGUGCUGGUGCUGGACGACAACGACAACUCGCCCUUCGUGCUCUACCCGCUGCAGAACGGCUCGGCGCCCUGCACCGAGCUGGUGCCCAGGGCGGCCGAGGCGGGCUACCUGGUGAGCAAGGUGGUGGCGGUGGACGGCGACUCGGGCCAGAACGCCUGGCUGUCGUACCAGCUGCUCAAGGCCACGGAGCCCGGGCUGUUCGGCGUGUGGGCGCACAACGGCGAGGUGCGCACGGCCAGGCCGCCGAGCGAGCGCGACGCGCCCAAGCACAGGCUGCUGGUGCUGGUCAAGGACAACGGCGAGCCGCCGCGCUCGGCCAGCGUCACGCUGCACGUGCUGCUGGUGGACGGCUUCUCGCAGCCCUACCUGCCGCGGCCGGAGGCGGCGGCCGAGCAGGCGCAGGCCGACCCGCUCACCGUCUACUUGGUCAUCGCCCUGGCCGCGGUGUCGUCGCUCUUCCUCUUCUCGGUGCUCGCGUUCAUCGCGGUGCGGCUGUGCGGGAGGAGCAGGGCCGCCUCGCUGGGUCGCUGCUCGGUGCCUGAGGGCCACUUUCCGGGCCACCUGGUGGACGUCACCGGCACUGGGACCCUGUCCCAGAGCCACCAGUAUGAGGUGUGUCUGAGGGGAGGUUCUGGGACCAGCGAGUUCAAGUUCCUGAAGCCGAUCAUCCCUAAUCUGCAGUCCCUGAGCACUGGGAGGGAAGUGGAAGAAAAUCCUUCAUUUGGGAAUGAUUUGGGUUUCUGAUAAAAAAUGAAAAAUAAAUGUCGGUAUUGUGUCU